AUGCUGGGCAACACGCAGCUGGCAACGAGCGUUCCAAAGCUGCUGCUGUUGUGGUUGCUGCUGCCUAAGACUCCCAACUUGGCAGCCUCCACAGCUCUAAGCGCCUUCACCAGCCUCUCCACCUCCGACUCGGCAGCUCGUAGCUUCUCUGCUGCGUUGCGCGACCUCUCCUCCACAGCUCUAAGCUUCUCUGCUGCGUUGCGUGAUCUUUCCUCCAUCUUCGUGCGAAAAUGAUGUUCGAAAGCAAUUAUUCGUGACAUGUACAUGCACAUGCAUGUACGAUCUCACCAAGCUCGAAGCAAAAGUUGUGGCGUACCACAACAAUCAAUAAACACACAACAACCGUGUCCAAGUCCUCAAUACAGAUGAACGGUUGGUGUGGUAUCCGAGCUAUGCUACGGUAGGGGGGAUACCCCUCGUGACCGGCUUUUUGUAAUCAAUUAGCUAUUGGGCCCGUGUUGUGUGACGCUCUCCAAUACUUAUUGUUAUUGCAAUCAAUCAGUGACUGACACGGGAACACAAGAAUACCUGCCGUAUGCUAUACUCCUUUAUGUAUGUCCUUGUAUUGCCUUCGGCCUCUGUGCUGUGUUUCUUUUUUUUUUUUUUUUCAUGACCUCCCUGCCUGCUCUGCUGUGUUGGGUACCUUGAUCUCGCUUUGCUGUUGCCUCUGUUUUUUUGUACGGCUGGCUGUCUGCCCAUCUGCCGCCUCUUUGCCCUGUUUGCUCCGUUACUCCCAUGCCCUGGUGCGCAGUGCCUGGUGCUGGUACGUUACGUUACCCUUUCAUUUUUUCUUUCGGCGCGUGCUCCUUUAUUUUUAUUUUUUUAUUAUUUUUGUUUUGUUUUAUUUUGAUCAGUGUCCGAGGGCUCUUUUCUCGAACAGUAGGUGCGAUACCUGUUCUUUUCUUUCUUUCGAUCAUUUUGUUU